UGCCACCAGGGGCGGACUGACCAUUUGGAAACUCGGGCACUGCCUGAGGGCCCGGGGUCAGUAGGGGGCCCCAUGAGAUGUCCCUGGUACCUUUUUCAUAGGCUUUUUUGAGUUUGGGCAAUGACACAGGGGGCCCCAUGAUCCCCUAUUGCCUGGGGGCCCCAUGAGUUGUCAGUCCGCCUCUGGUGUGCACGGACACGGAGGAGAACCUUUAUCAAUGAACGUGAUCAGGACAGGAAGUGAAGGGAAAUCUUCCAAUGGGGACACUAGUUCUGGUGCCAACUUGGGAUUCCCUCACUUUGGAGGCAUUUCCUCUCACUUCCUGUUUUGACGGCCAUGGGACAGGAAGCGAAGGGAAGUCUCCCUGAUGGGACA